UUUAUUGGGAAAAAAACCUAUUGCAUCGCUUUAAAAUUUUUUCCUCCCAAUUUUUCACAAAGUCCGCGAAAUGUUAAUGAAAUAAAUAACAAAAAUUAAGGAAAAUCAAAGCAGCGUCUUAACAAAAAAAAUUGGGUUAACAAAAACUUGGGUCUCAAAUCACUGCUCCGAUCGACUGCAUCUCAAACCAGUGUUCCAAUCGAGUUCUCCGACUACCGCUCAGACCAAAAGUGCUCCGACCAACUAUUGCUCCUACUACCAGUGCUCCAACCACCAGUGCUCCGACCGCUUUCGAUUGAACCCUAGCCGUCUACUGAAAUAGUUAUGCAUGCUUCUUGCAGCUUCUCCGAUUUGCGGAAAUACUUGCAAAUUCUUGAACCAUAGAAUUUCAGUGCCCUAAUUUCUAACUUAUAACAAAAUUUUUGCAACUUCUUACCUUGAGAGGUAAUUCUCGGUCUGUCGCACCAGCACAGACUAGAAAAGUGACAUCAUUUAUGAUGGAGAAGAGAUCAACAAGAAAUACACCUCAGAUGGAGAAGAGUCAGCUUAAUUGUAUGUGGGGACUGAUUAGUAGCCUUUAUUUUGGUCAAAAUCAGAGGAAACAGAAGCUACUUUCAAAUGGAAAAGUUGCAACUAAGAAUUUCAUAGGUGCAACCUUGUGUAGGUAUAUGGAGUGAUAAAUGUCAUUCAAAAUAUGGCAGAAGGCGGCCUUUCAUUUUUAUUGGAGCUGUCAUGAUCUCUAUUGCUACCUAGGAUACCUAUUAGGGGACACUUAAGAGCAUUGCAGGCACUCCUCAAGAGCAGCCAUCAUCUUCGUCAUUGGGUUUUGGAUGCUUGAUCUUGCUAAUAAUACUGUGCAGGGUUCGGCUCGAGCUCUUUUGGCAGAUUUAUCAGGUCCUGCUCAAAGAAAUACUGCAAAUGCCGUGUUCUGUUCCUGGAUGACUGUUGGAAACUUUCUUGGAUUUUCUGCUGGAGCUAGUGGAGGUUGGCACAGAUGGUUUCCUUUUUUGACAAAUAGAGCGUGUUGUGAGCCUUGUGGAAAUCUCAAAGCAGCAUUCUUAGUUGCAGUGGUGAUGGGAGCAUAUAGAUACAAUAUUGAGCACAUAUUGAUGUUUGAUAUUAUUCCGGAGCCCUCUGUACGGAGAGCGAUGAAUAAGAUAAAUGCACGUAUUGGCCGUUCCUAGUGUUGCAGAUGACCACAGUAUCUAGUUUAAACAAAUCAACAAAUCGUAAUUCAAGAGGAGUUUUUUUCCAGUUUCUUCAGUAGGUGUAAAAUGGAUUUUUGGUUAUUAACUACUUGAGUAUUUGCUCCUCCGAAGUUUUGUUGUACAUGUGCGGUGCUGAUAAUGAAUGCGUCUAGUAUGUGGAAAGUUGAAGAUAACCAUAUUUAUGCGAUUUCUGAAAGUACUACAUGAAUUUAUUGUAAAGGAUUCAAAAUGUUGAUAACGUCAAUAUAAAGAAUGCCUCCAAGUUAUGUUGCUUAGACUAGCCGCACCAAUGUCAGACCCUACAAAAUCCAUUACAUUUGGAUGAUCUGACACACACCCUUUGAUGUUUUUGUAGAGUCCGAGCAACAUAACUUUCAAGUAGUUGUGUUGAUCAUACAGACAAACCGUUCUGGCUCUGAACUCUACUCUUCUUCUCUGCUUGUCAUAUGUUGUAUUGGUAGCUCAAAGAAUGCAUCUUGCUAGUGUAUACAAGGGAGAACCAGAAAAGAUUCUCCAAGUUAAGAAAGCAGAAGCGGAGGCCGAGUCCAAGUAUUUAGGCGGAGUUGGAGUCGCGAGGCAGAGGCAGGCGAUAACAGAUGGUUUGAGAGAGAACAUAUUGAAUUUCUCUCACAAAGUUGAUGACAUCAUUUAUUGGUGCAUAAAGUCCUGAUAUAAUAGCUACAAUUUGCACCUGCUAGCUGAAAUGGUUCCGUUAGCACUCCUGUAUAAUCGCGAAUCAGUACCAUAUAGAAACCUUUGUACCAUAUGCAAGUUACUUCCACAAUGACCAUGUGCAACUCAAGGUGUCCUCCUUACAGAUUGGGUGUUUUAUUACAUCAGGGCCCAUACUAAGAAGCUAGAGAUGUUGUCCAUAGCUUUUGCGCGUAAUAGCGAUCUAGGCAUCUGCUACAUACUCUUCAGUUGUGAAAUUCCUUUGUAUGUUGGAGAUCAGAGCUCCCCCUUCGGUGACAAGGCUCUGUUGGUCAAUGCUCCAAGGAUGGAGACGAUGUGGUUUCUUGAAUUUUGAUGUCUUCUUGUUCAGUAAGUUAUGGCACAUGUUGGCUGCUAGCUCAGAAAUUGCCAAGGAUUAAUUGUGAACUCUUAUUAUGCUUGUGUGUGUAAAUAGUUGUUGUACAAUAUUUGGCAUCAUGUUCAAUAACAAGUGUUAUUAUAAAUCCUCUUUCCUAUAAAUAGGAACUGAUGAGUUCAGGGUAA